GGAAAAAAGCCAUUUAUGCUAGAAAUUAGCCAUUUAUGCUAGAGAACCCUGCCGGAUAGACAAAUUAUGAAGAGAAAGAGCCGUUUAUGCUGGAGAGUAAUAAAUGGCUAUGCCGUUUAUGCUAGAGAUUAAUAAAUGGCAGAGCCAUUUAUGCUAGGAAAAAAGCCAUUUAUGCUAGAAAUUAGCCAUUUAUGCUAGAGAACCCUGCCAGAUAGACAAAUUAUGAGGAGAAAGAGCCGUUUAAGCUGGAGAGUAAUAAAUGGCUAUGCCGUUUAUGCUAGAGAUUAAUAAAUGGCAGAGCGAUUUAUGCUAGUGAAGUGUCGCGGAUAGGAAUUGGUAUAGAGCCAUUUAUGCUGGAAAUAGUGUGGGUAUGCCAUUUAUGAUGGAAAGGGAGCAAUUUAUUAUUUUCAUAAUAAAUUGUAAGCCCUCUUUAUUCUCGGUGGCAAAGAGAAAGGACAUAGACAAAAGCUGGAGUCUUAUAGAAGUCUAUCUCAUGGCACACAAUUACACACACACAAAUAAAUAAAAAUAAAAAUGACAAAUGACAAGUUCUUAGAGGAACUGUUGUCUUUUUAAAACAAAUAAAUUGAAAGAAGAAAAUCUCCCAACAUCGGGCGCUAAGCUGUUAGAGUCUUUUAUUGUCCGAAUUAAGAAACUAUGACUCAUGACCGAUGUAGAAAAAUUAGGCACUUCAGUUUAAAGUAAGUGUUUGCGAGGAGAAUGCCGUGUUCUUGAAAAGGAGAUAAAGGGAAAAUCGUAGAUCCCAUCAACGUUUUCCAGAAAUAUUUCAAUCGGGCAAUUUUCCUCCGUCGCGUCAAGCAUUCGAGUAGACAAUUUUCUGAAACUUCUGAAGAAGAGACAAAGUUGCCACUUAUAAUACGAGGAGCAAGACAUUGAAGUGUAUUUAAGGGCUCUAGAUGGGUGGAAUAUGAGCUGUCAUAGACAAUUGCUCCAUACUCAAAGACAGGUCUUAGACAAGUCUCAUAGAGAUGGUUCUUCAAUUUGGCAGGGGCAUCUCGAAAAGUCCAAUGUAUCACACCCAACAUUCGUCUGCAUUUCAUCGUUACUUUUUCAAUGUGACUAGUCCAUUUUAGGUCAUGAGAAAUGUAGAGCUCGAGCAGUUUGAUCUCACUCACCCUCUUGGAAUUUCUCCUAACUUGACAAUAGCUGGUGAUUGAGAAAUAGGCUACGGUCGAAAAUCAACCACUGACACUUAUCAGCAUUCAAGUUGACAAGCAUCGUUUCACACCAAGUGUGAAUGCCAGUUACUUCGCCUCGAAAGGAAUCCAGGCUAUUAUCAGACGGGAGAGAUACGGCACAAAAGAGAAAAUAGAGUAGUAAGUUUGAGGCAUUCUGCAAUGUCAUUUAUGAAUAUCAAAAAGAGCAAGGGGCCCAAAUUCGAACCUUGCGGAACGCCAUAUGAUACUAAUAUUGCUUGGGAAAGUAGGUUGUUAAUUUUUACUCUUUGAGUUCGACCAUUAAGAUAUGAACCGGAUCAGUCGAAAAGUUUCUCAUCAACACCUGCCGAAUUUAAUUUUGAAAGCAAAGUUUGGUGAGGAACUCUAUCAAAGGCUUUCAUAAAGUCGAAUACAACUCCAGCCAUUUUUACUUUCUUAUCUGCGAAAGACGAGAGGCGGCUGACGAGAAAACUGAGUGCAUCGACAGUAGAUGAAAAGUAUGGUAUCAUCCUCUAGCAUGCAUUAUCUUAUCUGAAUGACAUCACUGUUUUCUUUCGUUAUCUUCUAUCGCGUUAUACGUUCUAUUACAUCAUACAUUCUACUAUAUCAGAUUUUCUUUCUCCCCUCUUCCUGUUGUAUAUAUACUUGUUGGUUUUCAAAGGGAAAACAAGUGAGUUUGAUUUAGUGUAAAAGAUAGAAAGUUAUUGAUACAGACUUAUGUUUGGGUAUAACAGUAUAUGCUGCACCGACCAUGUUUAGUCGUAAAUAAGUCGGUAAAUGUUCUCAAAAUCCUGAAGUAAUAAACUUAACGCCAAAUAAUAAAGCAAGGAUUUUCACCUUACUGUAGUUAAAGAGAUUUUCUUUUCUGCUAGCAAUACAAUUCAAUUCUUGUCAUUUGCGUCUAUUUCUUGGUUCUAGCAUCAUCAAUAACAAGUUCUCCUUCACAGACAACAACAUCACCAACACUUUGUUCGUCCGCUGAAUGGUAUCCAAAUGCAGCUACAGUUGCCGGCAGUGGUGGAGGCAAAGGUCAGUUAUCUAAUCCAGUGGAUAUUGCAAUUGACAGUCCACAGAAUCUAAUUGUUGCUGACUAUGGUAGUCACCGUCUACAAAAAUAUUUUUUGAAUAACAGCACCAUCAUCACCUUGGAAACAAAUGUAACAGUACAAAGUAUCUGCGUUGAUAAAUUUGAUAAUAUUUAUUUUACAAAUUUGAACUGUCAGUGUGUUUAG